AUAUGAAAGCUGGAUUCCGUUUAUUCUUUAAAUGAACUGGAUUAUAUUUUUUGCAUCUGCAGGUUUCUGCGCGAUUCGUGUUGUGAAUGAUGUAUGGGCUUGCAGUUCGUGGGUUGUAAGGGCCUUCAAACAGAAGCCCAGUCAAACUCUAGGCACGGACAGACGAGCCGGCGGCGCAUACUCUGCUCCGGGAACAAGCGACGUCGUCGGCGCGGGCGGCGCAACGAGCUGAGCGACGCCGACUCCGUGACCAGGUUUGCCAUGUCGAUCCACUCGCAGAUUCUCCAUGUCAGGUCUGAACUUUGGGAUGUCAGCAUUUCGAUGGAUCCACUCGCAGAUUCGCCAUGUCGUCGACGUUCGCCGGUGUAUCCGUCUUGGCCGGCGGUGAGCUGUGCCCUUCCACCCAGUCGUCCGUCUUCACCAGCACGAACUGCGGGUACCACCUGCUUGUGGUCCAGGACUACUCGCGGACGAAGCGAGCGACACCCACCGGCGUGAGCAUCAGCUCUCGCCCUUUCAUGGUAGGACGCCAUGAAUGGUGCAUCGACUACUAUCCUAACUGUCACAACAAGGGUUGUGAUGAUUUCAUUUCUCUAUAUGUUAACCUUCUCGAUGACGAUGGCGGUGUCGGUGAUGCCGAAGAGCCUGUGAAGGCCAAGUUUGAUUUCAGUUUCAUCGACGAGGCGGAGAAGCACAAGCCAAUGUACAUUUCUGGAACCAAAACAUUUGGCUUCCGCUCCGAGUGUCUGCGAGACUACGGCAAGUUCAUGAGAAAAGAUGCCCUUGAACAAUCGGCGAAUCUAAUGGAUGACUGUUUCACCAUCCGGCGUGACAUCAUGAUCUGUGACACCGAGGAUGUCGGUGGCAACAAGGUGCUCCUGUCUGAAGUAGACCAAGAUUUAAACAAUCUCCUUGAGACUAAGGUGGGUGCUGAUGUGACAUUCGAGGUCAGCGGAGAGAUGUUCUCUGCGCACCGAUGUGUGCUUGCAGCCCGAUCUGAAGUCUUCAUGGCACAAUUCUUUGGCCCCAUGAAGGAGGGCAGUACUAAAUCCACUGUUGUACAGAUCGAAGACAUGGAAGCAAAAGUGUUCAGGGCUUUGCUUAGCUUCAUCUACACGGACUCAAUCCCUGUAUUGGAGGAGGAGGUCAUGGAGGAGGACCAACCAGAAACUGUGGAAGGACAAGAAGAGGAAGCAGCAGAGGAUGUGCAAUGGCUGCAAGACUUAGUUGUAGCCGCAGACAGAUAUGAUCUCCAACGGCUCAAGUUUAUCUGUGAAAAGCAAUUGUCCCAGUCCCAGUGCACAGCUGUGAGCUCGGUGGCGUCCACUCUUGCUCUUGCUGAGCAGCGCCACUGCCGUGCAUUGAAGGAGGCGUGCUUGAAGUUUAUCCAAGUCCAAUCUCCCUUGUGUUUGCAAAAAGUAAUGGCGUCUGUUGGCUGGGAGCCUUUAAUUACGACCUAUCCCUCUGUUUUGAACGAGCUCAUCGCCAAACUUGCUUCAAACUAAAAGCAACAGCCUAUGUAAUGUACGCAUGUUCCUUAGACAUUUAGUGACUCUCUUGCCAGUAUUAUGCAUAUAUUAAAUCCUCUAAAGAGAUUGUAGUCUGUCUGUUUCGCUUUUGUUUCGUCAUGUAAUGUGCCUAUAUGCUGAAUCAGACAAAUCUGACAUAUGGCAUACUGUCUCCUCAUGGAAUGGAUAGUCUGUAAAUUCAGGAGC